GCCGCCAUCCAUUCGACGACGGGAGCUCAAAGCUGCGGCUCUCCCACGGAGUUCCUCCGCCUGGUCGACCUUGCUUCUUUUUUUUUUCUACUGCCUUAUUUUUUUAGAGAGGGACAUGUAACGAAUGUAGUGAGGUUGUGAGAACUGUCGAGCGCAAAACUGUGCUCAAACGAUGCUAUGCUUAAACACGGGAUGAAGUUUCGGCUCUUGUACAUUGUCCUGUCGCUGGUCCUCUGUUCGCGAACCGUUGUAGUCGACUCUGCUAGUAUCGACAAGAGCAAUACCUACACCGAUGUCUCGAUACUCCCGUACCCCUUUGGGAAAAUCUCUGAAGAGGGUUCAACCUUCACAGAUAGUGAAGAAAAGUACCAUGUCCUUGUGUCUUUCAAUGAUGUUCCGACUCUCGACGCAGCAGAGCUACUUCGUGACCAAGUCUCUCGACUCAUAGGUGCAGUCGAGUCCAACAUCGUCGUUGUCAAGGAAGUCGAUCUUCCAACUCGAGCGGUGCAUCUGAGCAUUGAGAAGGAUGCCCUGGAUGCAGCAUUUCCAGAGAAACGUUUCUCGAGCAAGACAGAGCCCAAAGUUUUGAAGCUUUCGCAUGAACUCUUGCAACAACUGAACCAUAAUUUGGAUACGCAAGAUGGCUGGUCCUCGCAGCAUUCCGCCUCUGGUGUCCCUAAGCCAUCAACUUGGGGGUCAUUGCCAAAAGUUGUGGGAAAGGGGGAUCAUCACGCUGUGCCCGACGACGACCUCGAAGGCGAGGAGGUGCUGCGUCUGUUGAAGGACCGUUCCACUUGGAUCUUGGCCGUGGGAAUUGUGCUGGCAACACUGUUCCUGAUGUUGUCUUUCCUCUGCCCGCUCGUAUGGUGGCUCCGUCGGGCGCGUCAGGACAAAUCUGGCGACCUCUUCAUGCACGAACACCCUUCCCAUCAGCGUCUCGGACAGGAAGGGAAGCGUAUGGUGUGUGCGCAGCCGUCGACUCCACCUUUCUCGUGUGUUGACGCAGCUAUCCAGCGCCCUCCGGUGGCCCCACGCCCCACCCCUGUCACUCCCACCCUUCCACCCCCUCUGCUGCCCCCUCCCCUCCCACAGCAGAGGUCGGUGACACCCCAGCCCUCAGUCACAAGGGGAAGCUCACAGUCUGAGACAGAUUCUGAGCAUGCCUUCAGUCCAACAAGAAGUCCGCUCAGGUCCAAGACAAGAGGAUUGCUGGAACGCCGUGGUUCCAAUGCCUCCUUAACGUUGGAUCUUAACAAAAGCACAGACACGCUUCAAAGCAUCGGUGCGACCUCUUCAACUUCACGAGGUGAACAAUAUCUGCUGUCUGCGGGGAAGCGUCUGAGCCGGGCACAACUCCAGAAAUGCCUGGAGGACGUCAGACAGCUGCAUACCGAGUUUUGGGACAUUCCAAUGAACCACCCGGAACGAGUAGAGGUCCCAGGGUGUGGAACAAAGAAUCGCUACAAGACGAUAUUGCCUAAUGAACACAGCAGAGUGCACUUGGCGCACGGAGAAGUCUCGUCUGAGGAUGACUAUAUCAAUGCCAAUUACAUCACUGGGUACGGAGGGGAGGUGAAAGCCUACAUCGCCACACAGGGCCCUCUGGUGCACACUGUGGCGGACUUCUGGCAUAUGGUAUGGCAAGAGCGGGUGCCCGUUAUCGUCAUGAUCACCAACCUCACAGAGAAUGCGAAGGUGAAGUGUGAACCCUACGUGCCUGAUACCUGUGCCGACUUCGAGGGCAUUCGGGUCGAUGUGGCAAAGGUGAUGCCACGUGAUGGCUACCUUCUAAGAGAGCUCUUCGUUGAGAAAGCUGGUGACCGUCGUAGUGUCUGUCACUUGUGGUACACAGCGUGGCCAGACCACCAGACUCCUCGAUCUUCCCAGCAGCUACUGUCCCUGGCGCUCGAGGUGGAACUGCUCCGUCAUGACGCAUCUGGCGUACGGGGGCCUGUCAUAGUGCAUUGCAGUGCUGGUAUCGGUAGAACAGGCUGCUUCAUUGCCAGCAGCAUUGGGAUGCGUCAGCUAUUGGAAGAGAAUAGCGUCGAUGUCCUAGGCAUCGUCUGUGCUCUCCGAAGGGACAGGGGCGGUAUGGUACAAACUGCAGAGCAGUACGAGUUUGUGCAUCGUACACUCUGCUUAUUUGAGCAAUCUCUCCCGACGGAGGCCGCAGCUCACAAACUGACCAACUAGCCGACCAGCAAGCUGGCAGUCUAGCUGGCGCACUGCACAUUCAGCCAUUGUUGUUUUUCCACUGUAUGCGUUGCGAUGUACAGGACUUUUGGUCACGCAUGUGACAGACGUACAGGUGCAAUAUGGCUCUCCCGUCAACAGCCGACAUUUUUGGAACAUGGGCUGUCGUUUGGUGCCAGUACUCGUACAAGCUGUGACGUGUUCUGUGUGAUGACGGACCUGACCGCGCUGCAUAUUUUUUUGCAAUCUGUUUUGAUUCUCGGGUAUCUUUGAGAUAGGGCUUUGUAAAAUUCUGUGCCCUGCCUCUUUCUUUUUUUUUUUUUUUGCCAUUUAACGAUAUGUAGUCUUUUACCCAAAACACAUAGAGGGGAUGCGUCAAAUACAGGGGGAAAAGAUUUUGAUCUCGACACUCAAGAUAGCACUGCACUACCACUACGUUCCGAACCAGGACCCGGAACCACAUAUGUUAAUUACGUGGGCACGUUAGUUAUGUGAGUAAAUAUGGUAUCGCUUGUAUGUGUCACAGCUUGUGCGUAAGUACUGGUACCGAGCUACACCUGGAAAGUGUUUGCUCACCCCCAUGUCAUGUGCAUAUGUUUCCAGCAUCACCAUUUGGAUAUUGCCAUUGUUGUCAUUGAUAUAAUUAUUGUUGCUACUUUUAGGCUUUGUUACAAUUUCGAGUGCUGCAUACCCUGGCAAAGCAGACGUCUUACAUUGCACAUACACCUGACAUCAGGUUUGAGUUGCCUUGUAGUGUCCUCACGUGUCCACUUGAGUUUUUUUUUUUUUUUUUUUCUUUCUAGGCUUGUGAGUGUGUGAGGGGAGUUUUCACGAGUCAAGCAGGUAAAAAAGUCAGACACUGAAAACUACCAUGACAAAUGACUACCUUUGUGAAAUGGUCAUGCCCUUGGCAAAACCCUCACCUUCCAAAUUGAUAUACCUUUUCGAGAUAAAAAGCAGUUGUCAAGAUACAGGGUGCACAUAAACUCUGGAGAUGUUUCUGCACUUCCUGCAAUAUUUGAAGUGAUCAUCAAGUUAUGAAAAAAGAAAAAAAGCCUUAUGACUAGGACUGCCCUAAUUUCUGAGGCACAGCUAUUUCUGAGGGUAGUACUGCGCAGAAGUUGUCAUCCGCAGCCUAGACAAAAUAUUCCUUAUCUCUGGCAUUGUUUCAGUGAAUUUGUUCCAUCUCUUCAUGCAAAAUUUGUUACCAAUUUGUGACAAUGUGUGACGUUGUGGCCUCCAGUUUUCAUAUGGUAGUGCUCGUAAAAAUAGCUCUAGCUUAGGUACGCAUUAGUUGUAGUUACUUCACAGGAUAACUGGGCAUUACCUUUCAGAUAGAGAAAUGAAGGUUCUAUGUCGAGUGACCACUCAGGGGAACGUAGAGGUUGCAAGAGGUCCAGAAACAUCCGGACACCCUGUACUGCUCUAAAUACGUGGAACACAUCAUAACACAAGCCUAGCUCGCCUGCCCGCAUUCUCUUCUUUCUUGUCGUCCUUUGCCCAUAACUUCUUUCGUACCUUCUAGGACAGUGCGCUUGUCCUAAUUCGUUAUACGUCAUGCCCUCUUUCGACUAGCAGAAACUGAGGUCGUCUCCUCAUCCCUUAAAGGGACGAUCGCAUCCGUUCCGGUCGAUUUCGAAACCAGGGUGUCAGUUUAUUCCUCCUGGACCACUGACCACGUUAUCGAAAAUCCCACGCGAACAAUAGUGGCGUAGUUUGCCUAUUAUUCGACGCAACACAUGACAACGGCAGGCGACGGAUGUGGAGAGCAUGUGCCGGAAUUCCCUCUCUGGAAGAACGAGUACACGUUACUCCGUAAGAACCAUUGAGGGCGCAAACUUGAAAAUAGGAACGGCUGUGGCCGUGCGUCUCAGGGUUACGGGGUCUCUGGACGGUGCCUUUACUCUUCUGAGCACUGCGCUCUCGCUCCUCUGCCUAGGGAGUCACGUCACGUCGCUGGAGCUUCUGCAGCCAAAAAGGUAGCGCUGAUCUUUAAUGUUUGUUUAUUUAAUAUUAAACACUUUUCGGACAAAAAAAAGAUAGCCAGGUAGAUGGUCGACCGAUGGCAAAUGUAGUGGUAUCAGUUUCAUAGGUGGAACUCCGGAUGUGACCGUCCCUUUAACGCAGCUUUGGCAGGGAUCUGAAGUCCCAAAUAGCCCAAUCCCUCUAAGCAAUUCUCUAAUGUCAUUUAGUGUGGCAGAAUGAAAUGAACGGGCAAUGUAUUUUGCACCCGUUUUGUGCGUGUAAGUGCAUUAAUUACUACUGUAGUCGCCAUGAAACACCGCAAAGUACUUUAAGAGCAAAGAUGCAACCACUACGUGUUACUCUAUGAAAUGCGUACAGCCUGCUUUAAAAUGGUGGAGCGCUGCCCCCUAUUUCGCUUGGCCAUGUCAAAAACUGUCACCCAGGUACAGGUCCCGACAAAAGUUUGCCGAACUCGCAAACGGUGUAUUUUCUCCUCGGUGCGACACCCUGCCGUCAAACGGAAAUGGGCUCGUUUGCUCGCUCAGAGGGGUGAGCGAGUGCGCUGGUAGCGACACACCGUGGUAGUUUCGGUAUGGCUCGAACGUGCUCGAAAAGGUGGUUUGAAUUAGUGUCGCAGCCGGCGUACCCCUCCACCCCUCUGAACGGGUGAACAAACCCUCCUUCCACUUGCCGCUAGGGUGUCGCACCGAGGAGAAAAUACAUACUGCUCGCGUGUCCCGUAAACUUUUGUCGGGACCCGUACAAGCGGGGUCUUCACAUAACGGGGUGUGCAAUCAAAUAGAUGUUGGGAAAAAUGAAGACAACCAGAAGCUAACAUUUUGUCACCAAAAUUGACGCACCAGCUUCGAAAAUUCAUUUCGGCAUGCGACAGUCAUUGUUUUGUGUGGCAGCAUGUUGCACCAUGUCUCAAGCACGUCACACGACUAUGCACCAUAACUUUGCUGCACGUCUCAGGUGCUCAUACGCUCCAUGCAGUGACAUUUGCAAAGUGUACAUGCUUCACACCAUGGCAAGCUCAAUGGUGUAGCGCUCCAUGCUGAACAGUCGUACGGUUACGCCCAUUUUUCUGUCGGGGCCCAGUCUGAAAUACAUACUGCACUUCUCUGCCACCAUAAUUCGUACCCAUACACAUGGUUGUAGGCUAUAAGAGUCAACCGUGCACGGCAAUUACUCGGUGGGGAAGGAACAUCGUCUUGUGACCAUAUAAAGCACUCAAGGAGGUUCAUUCCUACUUAAUUUGAAUGCGGUUGAACAUUGCAGUAUGGUGGUGCAGUGGUGGUAUUGCAAAGGGCUUUUGGGAUGUUGUUUCCCAGAUGUCAACAUUGUGCACAACACUGAAACAGGUGGUAUUUGCGAAGCGGCAUGCUGGAUGAAAGCGUUUUACUCACUGCAGUCCCAGCCGCUCCAGUGUUGCCAUCUAGGGACCCAAGCAGCACAACAUCUUGGCCCAAUAUUGGUCCAGUCUUUGUCCAAUAUUGGGCCGACAUUGCCAAUAUUGGUCCAAUAUUGGGCCACAAUGUAUUGUACUGCUUGGGGAUGUAUGUUUUGGGUACAGGGUCCAACUUUGCACUACAAUGCUGGAUGCCUUUGAAACUGACAAGGAUUUAACUGCCUUUAGAACUUUAUAUGUGGACAACACAAUGCGCUCUUGAAUUGCAUCGAAUAAUUGCCGCGCACGACGUACCGGCACGGGUUAACCUUUAGAGCCGCCUAGCCUGUACAUCACAUGCUCUCCUCAAGCUCACACGCUUCAGGAUGCGCGUUCCUCCAAUGCUUCACGUAUCGAAAAAGAAACUAGCGGGGGACCUCACGGCGUAACUAUAUGCACUGCGUCGAUAGCAAUUUGGAUCUUUGCAAGGCCCCACACUCUCAACCCCCACUCACACCUUUCAUCAAAGUACUGCCGGGUACGGAGGACAAAACACGCAUCAAUCUGCACGCAUCUUCUUGUCACUUCUUCUCGUCACCUCCUUGCCAAAAUCUCCGCAAGAAGCUGUCACUCAUUGUAAUGUCUCGUCACAUCUGUGGAAGAGUCGUUUACUUCAGAACAAUGUUUCUGAUUGAAGUACAAAUUUCUGUGCUGUCACUCAUAGCUGUUCACGUGCACGCUGCACGGAAACAGUUGCUUUUUCGAUGUCUGUCCUUCUAUGGCCCUGUUACGUUGUGUUGUACACAGAAGGAAGAAUGUUUAUUAAACGUUGAGGAAAGUGUCACUGGGCUAGAGCUGUGCGGACAUUUAAGGUCUUCUUAGCAGAUUUUUUUUUCUCGAGGGUCUCCUUUAAGGGAUUAACAUUCUAACAUGAGAAAUUUCAUGCAAUUUCAUGACAUCAGUGUGGACAGAUCAUAAAUUUGAAUGUCGAUGCGCAUGGAUGAAUAUUUUUGCAGCGUGUCGGUAACUUUUUAUUUCCCAAUCUUUUAUGUAAGGCCUAUUCACUACUAGAAGAUGGCCCUUUGAGACAUUUGUACUAAAUUUUGCUGUCCGGACAGCCCCCUGCAAGCAAGUGAAAAUUGCGCCUGGUGAGGAUUUAGAUUUUUGCAAACUGACCAGGGUUAGAAUAUUGUUUUUUUUUGUUUUUUUAAAGAGAAUAUAGAUUUUUUCUGGAAAAGAACAAUAGCAGCAUUGGAGGAAAGACUUGAUAGCCUAAUCGUAACAUAAUUUACACUAUCAUUUACAGAAUUUUUACGUGUAGUUUUUUUUUAAAUGUGUAAACAUUGUGUGUUUAAUACAUGGAGUGCCAAGGCUUUGUGAAGUACUUGCAAGCUUCUUACACAUAGCCUUACUGCAGAAAAUACUUGUUUAUGUUAUUUAUUUUGAAAGUACAAAGCGCAUCCUGUAUUUAUUUGGAUGCAUUACAUGUUGGCCGUACUUUAUUUGAAGAACUCUAUAGUGGUCAGAUGCUGUUGAAAUUGCAAAAUAUAGUGCAGUAUGUUGUUAUUUUUGUGAAUGUGUUCCAGGGCACACACACACACGAAAAUGUGAAAACAUGUUCGAAGCUAUUUACAUGACUGUAGCACUCUGUUUCCCGUUUUGAUAUGCAGUUGUCAAAUGUUUGUUUGUGCAUUAUGUGCCACUGUUUUUCAUGAGACAAAAGUGCAUGUGCCUGCUACAGAACCGUUGUUCGAAAGAAAAAAAAAAGUGCAAGAAAUAAAGAUUCUCCCCUUGUUAUUCAC